ACACGUAUUUAAAUAAAGUAAAUGCCAAUUGUUUUAAUCAGUUCAUUAUCAUGGCACCUACUUUGUACAUGCUUCCUGCAAGUCCUCCUUGCCGAGCUGUGGUUAUGACAGCUAAAGCCCUUGGCGUGGAAUUUGUAGAAAAAGGUAUUUACUUCUUUCGAGACGAUAAUGUGAAGAAGGAAUUUUGCAAAAUAAACCCACAACACACGAUUCCAACCCUUGUUGACGAGGACGGAUCGGUAUUUUGGGACAGUCAUGCAAUUAUGGCCUAUCUGGUAGCUAAAUAUGCCAAAAAUGACUCGCUCUAUCCUCAAGAUAUUAAAAAACGAGCCAUUGUUAACCAACGAUUGUUUUUCGAAUCUAGUGUUAUAUUUUUUCAUAUGAAAAAUAUUGCUUGUUCAAUUCUUCUAGACGGCAAAAAUUUUAUAGAGUCGGAAGAGAAGGAACCUCUACUUGAAAGUUUAAAAGUUUUGGAAAAAUUCCUAGAAGACAGUGAAUGGAUGGCUGGAAAUUCACUUACCAUAGCUGAUUAUAGCCUAGUUUCGUCUAUCGCUAGUGUUAAUAACGUGAUACCAAUUGAUCCCGAAAAGUACCCAAAGCUAAUUGCUUGGUUUCAAAAAUGUAAGGAGCUUCCUGAAUAUGAAGUCACGAGGAAAGGGCAAGAAGAAGGUGCUGCUAUGCUUAACGCUAGAUUAAAUAUGUCAUUCGGGAAAAAAUACCAAUAAUAAUAAAUAAUAAUAAUAAUAAUAAAUAAUUAUUAAAAUUCCAA